AUGCGACUGCUUUUGCGUCUGCUGCUGGCAGCAGCCGUGGCCGUGGCCGCACAAAAUGACUCGACGCUGACACUGCCACCGACGCCGACACCACUCGUCACGUCGUCGCCCACGACAGAGCUACCGACGUCAACACCGACGUCAACACCGGCGCCAACACCCGCGCCGACACCGGCGCCAACAGUGACACCGCUACCAACGACCGUGACAAUGCCGCCGCCACCGCUUCCAACGACGGCGCGGCCCACACCGCCACCCGUCACACGGCCACCGCGAACACCCGCGCCAACCAAGGCGCCAACGGAAGCGCCGGUCACAGUAGCGCCGUCGCCCGAGCCAACGACCGAGGAUGUUGUGCCCACAACCACGUCGUCGCCAACGACAGAUGCAUUAUCAUUGACGACGACACUGCCGCCAACGGCAACCCCGCUGCCCGAUGUUCCAGCCAGCGUUGCUCCGACCAAAGAAGAGGCGAGUACCGUCGUCCCGUCAACGACCGUGACGCCAUUGUCCAAGACGUCGGCCGAGGCACCGGAGAAUGCCUCGUCGCUGCCGCUCAUUCUGGGGCUCACGGGCGGCGUCGCGGUCGUCGGCAUCCUCGUUGCCGUCGUCAUCUACCGCCGGUCCAAUCACGAACGCGCAUCGUCGGCGGCGUUCAAAGCACCGGAUGGCGAGCCGUACGGCGGUGGCGUCUCGCCCAGCAUGCAUCGGACCCACAACAGCUCGAUGCACAACACGACGUUUCUUGGCAGCAACGCGCCCUUUACGGCAAGGCGCGCGCCGUCGUCCAACCAGACGCCAGUGCACGCGCUGACGGCAUCACCGAUGCGCAGCAACCAAGCGCUCUGGGACGUGCUCUUGGGCCGUGAUACGAUCACGAGCAACCAGUCGCCCAAUGUGCCCGUUCAGUUUGGCGGGUCGUCGAUCGCAAGCUCGUCUGUGGGCCCCGGGACGUAUUCGGAGAGCCACUUGAGCAGCUUUGACUCGUCGCGCGGCCCGAGCAGCCACGCCAUCUCCGAGUGCUCGGACAUUUACCCGAGCUCAGGCUCGCUCUUUCGCAUGUCCUCGCUGCAUGCCGGUAGCGAGUCGAGCGAGGACAUGAUUGAAAUGGAGCUGUAG